AUGGUGAAUCUCAAGAAUAUCGCUCUUGCAGUAAGCGUCCUUCUUGGAUGUGGACUUGCUGUCCCUGCACCUGCUGCCCCAGCCGCUGAGGCCGGUGCUAUCAUCCCGGGCAGCUACAUCAUCACCUUGAAGCCCGAGGUUGAUGCUGCCAUGGCCAAGACCCAUUUAAAAUGGGUCAAAGAUGUUCACAAGAGAAGUCUCACCAAGCGCGAGACUGAAGUUGGUGUCGAAAAAACUUAUGACAGCAAGUCUGGCUUCCAGGGAUAUGCUGGCUCAUUCGAUACAGCGACUAUCAAGGAGAUCAAGAAAAGCCCAGAUGUCCUGGCCGUUGAGCCCAACCGUGUAUGGAAGCUCAAUCGCAUCAAGAGCAAGCGAAGCCUCGAGAAGAGAGAUGAGAUCACCCAGAAGAAGUCCACCUGGGGUCUCGGCACGAUCUCUCAUCGCAAGAAGGGCUACAAGGAGUAUAUCUACGAUGACUAUGCUGGCACUGACAUGUACGCCUAUGUCAUUGAUGGCGGUGUCAGAGUGACUCACAAUGAGUUCGGUGGCCGUGCAAAGGCUGCCUGGACCAACUGGAAGGGUAAUAACAAGGACGACGACGGUCACGGAACCCAUGUUGCGGGUACCAUUGCUGGUAAGACCUAUGGUGUUGCCAAGAAGGCCAACAUUCUCGCUCUCAAGGUCUUCAACGGUGAUGAGUCUGAUACGUCUAUUGUUCUUGACGCCUUCAACUGGGCCGUCAACGAUAUCAUCAAGAAAGAUCGCACAUGGAGAGCCGUUAUCAACAUGUCUCUCGGCGGCGAAAAGUCCACUGCCUUCAACAAAGCUGUUGACACCGCAUCUAAGAAAGGCGUCGUCACAGUUGUCGCUUCCGGUAACGAUGCUAUAGAUGCCGCCAAGGAGUCGCCCGGUUCUGCAUCGACAGCAAUCACUGUCGGGGCGAUCGACUCCAACUGGGCUGUUGCCGAUUUCUCCAACUGGGGAAAGACAGUCGACAUCAUGGCCCCUGGAGUAGGCAUCACUUCAGCUGGCCAUAAGUCCAACACUUACACCUUCACCGAGGAUGGAACUUCAAUGGCUGCCCCUCAUGUUGCGGGGUUGGUCUUGUACGCGAUGAGCGUGGAGGAGGUCGAGGGAGUUGCUGAUAUCACGGCUUGGCUGAAGGAAUUGGCGACUCCGAAGAAGAUUUCUGGAAACCUUCGUGGAGCGCCUAAUCUAAUUGCAAACAAUGGCAAUUGGGUUCAAUAG